UGGAGCUGAGCUACUGAGAAAAUCAUUCUCAAAGACAAAGUAAACAGGUCUAAACUAACGCCAACAUGGUUCAGUGGACUGAUGCUGAGCGCGCCGCCAUCGCUGAUAUCUUCGGCAAAAUCAACCGCGAUGUAGUUGGACCAAACGCACUUGCAAGGUGCCUUAUCGUGUACCCCUGGACCCGGAGAUAUUUCGGUGGCUUUGGAAACUUGUACAGCGCCGAUGCCAUCCUGGCGAAUCCCAAGGUCGCUGCCCACGGAAAGGUUGUGCUUGGCGGGCUGGAGAAGGCUAUGAAGAACUUGGAUGACAUCAAGAAAACCUUCGCCCCGCUGAGCGAGCUGCAUUCAGAGAAACUGAACGUGGACCCCGAUAACUUCAGACUGCUGGCUGACUGUCUCACCCUCGUCAUUGCUGGGCAGAUGGGCGCUGCGUUCACACCGGAAGUUCAGGCAGCGUGGCAGAAAUUUCUUGCUGUUGUUGUUUCUGCUCUCUGCAGGCAAUAUUACUAAAGUAUCUCAA